AUGUUCCAGCACCUGGACUACAACAACUUGGCCCACCCAAGAUCAACAAUGAGCGAUGGGGACUUGAACGUCGACAACCUCAUCACGCGACUUCUCGAAGUGAGGGGAUGCCGCCCGGGCAAGACCGUCUCGAUGACGGAGAGCGAGAUCAAGGCGCUGUGCAUCAAGUCGAGGGAGAUAUUCCUCUCGCAGCCGAUCCUGCUCGAGCUCGAGGCGCCGCUCAAGAUAUGCGGUGACAUCCACGGCCAGUUCAACGACCUGCUGCGCCUGUUCGAGUAUGGAGGAUUCCCGCCCGAAGCCAACUAUCUCUUCCUCGGCGACUACGUCGAUCGCGGAAAGCAGAGCUUGGAGACAAUUUGUCUGCUCUUGGCCUACAAAGUCAAGUACCCGGAGAACUUCUUCCUGCUGCGCGGCAACCACGAGUGCGCCUCCAUCAACCGCAUCUACGGAUUCUACGACGAGUGCAAGCGGCGCUUCUCGAUAAAGCUGUGGAAGACGUUCACCGACUGUUUCAACUGCUUACCGAUCGCCGCGCUCAUCGACGAGAAGAUCUUCUGCUGCCACGGAGGGCUGUCGCCCGAUCUGCAGAACAUGGAACAAAUCCGUCGCAUCAUGCGCCCGACCGAUGUCCCGGACACGGGACUUCUUUGUGAUCUGCUGUGGUCGGACCCGGACAAGGACGUGCAAGGCUGGGGCGAGAACGACCGUGGCGUCUCCUUCACGUUCGGCCCGGAUGUCGUCGCCAAGUUCCUCAACCGCCACGACCUCGACUUGAUCUGCCGCGCGCAUCAGGUUGUCGAGGACGGCUACGAGUUCUUCGCGAAACGCCAACUGGUGACGCUCUUCUCGGCCCCGAACUACUGCGGCGAAUUCGACAACGCGGGCGGCAUGAUGAGCGUCGACGAAACCCUGAUGUGCUCCUUCCAGGUUUCGCCUCUGCGCGCCGGAAAGGGCCGCCGUUGGAUGGCCGCGGAUUUAUUCGAGGCCCCAGCAGCCGUUUUCACCCCAGCAUCAGCCCCACUUCUCCUUGGCACCGACGUCCGGAAGCUCAGCAACUUCCGGGUGCUGCAAAGCUCGAGCGCCCCGAGGGACAGGUCCACUUCAGCUGGUACCGGGUCGAGGGCGCAGCGCAAGAAGUUCAAGAAGAGUAGAAGUAACGGCAGUAGAAGAUCGACUGACAUGGAGACGAUAGGCCAUGGCAUAUCGCACCUAUUCAAGGCCGGCCGUCCACACAUCAACGGGGACGCGCUGAUAGCGCGUGAGCCGAAGGAAAAGAUGAACGCUCUCGUCAUUAAUUCUACAGCUCUGUACUUGAAGCGCCUGAAUGGUGAUAGUAAGCCAAGCCCCUCUGGCGCCCUGGUCGGCUACUCGGAUUCCGAGGAAUCAGAUGAUGCCGAAGAGGAGCCGCCGAAGCGACAAAACAGCCUGCCGAAGCUCCACGGCACAACCUCACCGAAGACGGCACAGCCUCGAUUGUCAAAUGGUCACGCGGAGCCGCCGAUUACUCCAAAGAAAAUCAACGGAAUUCAAGCACCAGAAACACCACCGGCGAGCCCGGCAACGCCUAGUAGCCCAAAGAAAUUGGACGGGACUGCCGAACGUGUCUAUGGUCCACAACUACCGCCGCACUUUGUCAAAGCUCAAGCGGCGUCCUGUUCACGGGAGCCGGAAGUGAACGGCGAGUCGGUCCCCAAACGACACAGCCUCGACAGCAAGCUGAUGGCCCCACGGUCACUACUGGGCAAACAGGCAGCAACCAACGGCCACGUCAACCAGAAGCUGGUCUACGCGGCGACGAACGGCAGCUCGAACAAGGAGAACGGGCACGGCAAGCUCACCGAGCGUCCAAAUGGGCUAUUCCAGCAGAAGCGGCCGCUUGAGCAUAAACCAGAAGACCCUCCAAACCAGCGACGGCGCCUGCUGUCCGAGCGUGGCGAGGAAGCCCAAAAGCAUCCCAUCCUGGACCGCGCCGGUCGCUGCACGCGCGGUGCCGGUCUCGUCAACCAUCGCAACGACUGCUUCAUGAAUUCCUGCCUGCAGAUUGUUAUCCACACGGCGCCGCUGGCCCGCUUCGUCCACGACCACGUCGCAAUCUUUCAAACGGGAUGUCCAAGCCCGUGUCUGCUUUGCAUGCUGAAACGCCAGGUCACCGAGUCUUUCAACUCGUCGCACGCCAUCCGCAACCAGAUGAUGAACGCUUCUAGAUGGGUCUGCCGGCGUUGUCAGCACGAGUCGAACGGGUACGAGCGGAUGCGGGUGCUGGAGCUAGGAAUGGAUAAGUGGAAACAAACGAGCGUCAAGGAGUUGAUUGCCCGUUUCUUCCGCACCGAGCAGCUGAACGACUACAAAUGUGAAAAGUGUGCUUUCCGCGGCGCCUACUCCAGAACUGCUCAACUGCUACGACCACCGGCCGUGCUCGUCCUCCUCAUCCAGCGCUUCUCCGUCCUGCGCAAGGUCCACGAGCGCGUCUUCAUGGAUCACGAGCUCGAUCUCGAGAGCCAGCUCGUCGACUGGGGCCAAGAUCGUGACAUCCACGGGCCGGCGCGCUAUCGGCUUCGCGGCAUCAUCGAGCACCAUGGUUGCACGAUCGGCAGCGGACACUACCAGGCCUACCACACCGACGUGACCGGGCAGCAAUGGUUCAGCUUCGACGACGAGAUUGUUGAGAUCCUGAAAAAGUCGAUGGCGAGACCGUUGGCCGUUCCCGGGCAGCGGAAAAACGGCCAGAUGAUCAACUUCAACCCCAAACCUUAUGUCCCAGAAGAGAUACCGCGGCUGUGCGGCGGCUCCCAGUUGGACACGGAGACGCACAGCUACAUCGUGGCCGGGUCCCUGGGCUGCGGCAGCUUCGGCGAGGUGUGGCUGGUACGCGACCGGAAAUCGCAAGAGCUCGUCGCCAUGAAGGUCGAGCAUAUGGGGAGGACCGGGAAUGCGAUGCGGCUGCACAACGAGGUGCAAAUUCUGCAGGACUGCAACAAGCAACCCGCGGCCCGCCGGAAGCACUUUCUCAAGUUCAUCGACCUCGGCCGCUCGAACAAGCUGUUCCGGCGGUUUCUGGUGAUGGAGCUCGCCUCACUCUCGCUGGGCACCAUCCGCGAGAUGGGGCUAGGCGCCACCGCCGACAAGUUCAGCCCGUCCACCUCUCUGCAGGUCGCCAAGCAGCUGUUGCAAGGGCUUUGGGACCUGCACGACGUCGGCUACAUUCACCGCGACCUGAAGUUGCAAAAUACGGCCGUCGGGUUUGGAGAGCGCGAGAAGAUCGUCUACCUGCUCGAUUUUGGCAUCGGACGGCGGUGGUGUGAGAAGGAGAAGGAUCCCCACGGGAAGCACAUCCACCGACGCGAGCGCAUCUUUGCAAAGCAGAUCGGCACGAAUAGAUUUCUAUCGCGCAACUGCCAUCAAGACAAGGACCAGUCACGACGCGACGAUAUUGAGAUCUGGCUCUACGUGCUGCUCGAUUUGUACCUGGGAGGGAAGUUUUUUAUUCGGCGGUUCGAGCCGGGGCUGCCCACGUGGAAGGUGCGGAUGUUCAGCAGCGAUCCUGAAGGGUGGCCGUACGGAUUCCCUAAAGAAUUUCACCUGAUAUGCGUGUGGAUCGACGCGCUGCAGUACGCCGAUCAACCGCCAUAUCAGAAGAUUAUGGACCACGUGGAUCAUGUGGCGGCCGUCUACAAGCUGGACAUGAACGAGAAGCUCGACUGGGAGGGCAAGAUCACCGACGAGCAUCGCUACGGAGCCAUCAAGAAGACCGUGGAAGAGGAGGCGGAGCGGCGGCGAAAGGCUGAAGAGGAGAAGGGCCUCAUCGAGGAGGAGAAGCGCCGCAGCGAGGAGGAGAAGCGCCGCAUCCAGGAGGAGAACAAGCGCGUCAACGACAGCGAGCCCACCGAGCCCGAUGAGCUGGAGAAAAGGAGAAAAGAUCGGCUCAAGGACGAAUUCGGC